CUAUGAUGCAUUCAUGCGUAUACACAGAGAUAAUGAUUAAUCUUAUUUUAUUUUGCAGAUGCUUCAGAAAGUUGUUUGCUCGCCCCCAGUUCUGUCAACCAGCUCCUCAAGUGGAGAAUCACCUAUUAUUGAACUAAUUUUUUGAACUAAUUAUUCUCCACAUGGCCUUCCUCCUGGUGUCAGCUUAUCUUUUGCUGACUCACACUCAGGGUGCUCCUGUUGAGAAUGAGGCACUGCUGGAGACGCUGAAGUCGCAAGUAGGAUUUUUCAGUAAUAAAAGUGAACACUAUUCUGCACAGGUGAGACCUCCUGGCACAAACCGACGAAUACCUCAGACAAUCAUUAUAGGAGUUCGCAAAGGAGGGACCAGGGCCUUAUUGGAAAUGUUGGAUAUUCAUCCUAAUAUUGUGGUAGCAACUACAGAAGUCCACUUCUUUGACUGGGAUGAAAAUUAUGUUAAAGGAAUAGACUGGUAUAGGCGUCUGAUGCCAUUUUCGUAUGAAAAUCAAAUUACUAUUGAGAAAACCCCAGGCUAUUUUACCUCACCACAGGCUCCAGAAAGAAUUCAUGACAUGAAUAGCUCUAUUAAACUGCUGCUCAUUCUAAGAGACCCCACUGAGAGAGUAAUAUCUGAUUAUACCCAAGUAUAUUACAACAGACUAGAAAGUCACAAGCGUGUUCAGCCCUUUGAAGAAAUUGUUAUUAAAAACGGAGCACUUAAUACCAAAUACAAAGCUAUUCAGAGAAGUCUCUAUGAUAUCCAUAUGGAAAAGUGGCUUAAGCAUUUCAACUUAGAUCAGAUUCACAUAGUGGAUGGCAAUACUUUAAUCAAAGACCCUCUUCCUGAGUUACAAAAAGUGGAAACAUUUCUUAAUCUUCCUUCUAGAAUUAUGUCUUCAAAUUUUUAUUUUAACCAAACCAAGGGAUUCUAUUGCAUUAGAAGUGAUGGAAGAGAGAGAUGUUUACAUGAAUCCAAAGGCCGUCCCCACCCUGUUGUCAACAACACUGUUUUAGAGCAACUUUACUCCUACUUCAGAGAGCACAAUGCAAAAUUUUACAGAAUGGUUAAUCAUUCGUUUGACUGGCAUUAAUACAUUUGGAAUAAAUGUUUCUUAAAAUGUCCUGAAAUAAACUAUUUUCAAAGUUACCUUUGUAAGCAAUCUGAGAUAGCUCAGACUGAAAACUUCAGAAGUUGUUAUAUUGAAAACAAAGCCUUCAUUGGAGAUAGUUAUCCAUUAGCAGUACCCUUUAAACAUGGGAGAAAUAAGUUUGCUAUAUUUGUAUAUAACUACUGUGGGCCAGAAUUUGAUUUCAGUUUCACUGCUGCAAAUCCAUUAAUUUCAGUGGAGAAACUUCAGAUUUAUACCUGUAUGACUGAGAUCAGAGUUGUAAAAGCAGCAAAGAGUCCUGUGGCACCUUGUAGACUAACAGACAUUUUGGAGCAUGAG